AUGUUAAUACCAGAUGUACUCUGUAAAAUUUUCGAAUAUCUUGACGACCGAGACGAAAUAUCUGGUUCCCCCACUCCAAAAACAUUUCGUAGUUUAUAUUCUUGCCUUUUAGUGAAUAGACGUUGGUGCGAAAGUGCAGUAUCCGUUUUAUGGCGCUCUCCCUUUCAUCGUUGUCAUAAAAGAGGUGGAAAAGUUCUCGUUCAAACCUUAUUAAACUGUCUCAAUUAUGAAGAACGUCAAAGCCUUCUCGAAGACGGAAUCUACCUACCAUUUAAUAAAUCGGAUUGUCCAAUCUUUGACUACCCAAACUUUUUAAAAAAUCUAGAUUAUUAUCAAAUGGUAUUAUUCGUGAGAUCAUGGUGUCGUCUUUUAGAAGAUAGUGAUGAUCAAUAUGUCGUUGCUAUCCUACGAUCGCUUUUGAGACUUUUCGCUGGCAGGUCCGCAUCUCUUUCAGCUCUUACCAUUAGAAGUACGGGUUUAGACGAUGAUAAAUACUCGUUAUUGGCUGAGCCAGAAAUUCUUACAUUAAUAAAACCAAUUAGACAUCUUGCAAUUAAUUGUUACUUUCCAAAAGACACUCUCUUAGUUGCAUUAGCCAAAAAUUGUAGAAAUCUCCAUUCAAUUAGAAUCAAUAAUUUGAGCGCAUAUGAUGAUAUUGCAAUUCAUACAGCAAAAAAAUUAGGUACACUCAUAGAAUCUCAACGAGGGUUAAAAAAGAUAGUUUUCUCUCGUUGCAAAGCAUUUAUCGGCAUAGUCAUCCCCUCAUUAGUAAAGCAAAAGCGUACUUUAAAACACAUUGAAUUUCGUGGGAUUGAUUUUGAGGGAUGUUGUAAAUGGGACGUUUUAAAGUCUUGCACGAAAUUAGAAAGGUUGGAUAUUAAAGAAUGUUACAACAUGGACUUCAAUAUGAUCUCGCCCCUUUUAAAAUCUCACCAUCGCAAUCUAAAGAAAGUUUGGGUUUAUUCAUGUGAACCAUAUGAAAUCGGUGACGAAUUGGAGGCGUGGGCGGAUAUGAUUAAUAGUCGACGUCGUCGUCGAAAUUCUUCCUCUUCCUAA